AUGGCUUGGAAGUCAAGGACCCGCAGUCUACAGGUGUUCGACACAGAGCUGAGUGCCGACACAGUGGAGUGGUGCCCCAUCUCACAGUGGCACAACAUACUGGCAUGUGGAACAUAUCAACUGCAGAAGGGGCCAGAUGCGGUAAGACUGUAGACACUAUUGUUAGACAAACAGACAAUCAAAGCCAAGGUACUUUUGUAUAUAUAGGGUAUGUGGAUACCCCUUCAAAUGAGUGGAUUCCGCUAUUUCAGCCACACCCGUUGCUGACGGGUCUAUAAAAUCGAGCACACAGCCAUGCAAUCUCCAUAGAAAACAUUGGCAGUAGAAUGGCCUUACUGAAGAGCUCAGUGACUUUCAACAUGGCACCGUCAUAGGAUGCCACUUUUCCAACAAGUCAGUUCGUCAAAUGUCUGGCCUGCUAGAGCUGCCCCGGUCAACUAAGUGCUGUUAUUGUGAAGUGGAAACGUCUAGGAGCAACAACGGCUCACAGAAUUGGAGUGGUGAAGCAUGUAACACGUAACAAUCGUAUGUUAUCGGUUGCAACUAUUAAACUCGCAGCUAUUGGACUCUGGAGCAGUGGAAACGCGUUCUCUGGAGUGAUGAAUCACCCUUCACCAUCUGGCAGUCUGGGUUUGGAGGAUGCCCGUAGAACGCUACUUGCCCGAAUGCAUAGUGCCAACUGUAAAGUUUGGUGGAGGAGGAAUAAUGGUCUGGGGCUGUUUUUCAUGGUUCGGGCUAGGCCCCUUAGUUCCAGGGAAGGGAAAUCUUAAUGCUACAGCAUACAAUUACAUUCUAGUCUAUUCUGUGCUUCCAACUUUGUAGCAACAGUUUGGGGAAGGUACUUUCCUGUUUCAGCAUGACAAUGCCCCCAUGCACAAAGUGAGGUCCAUACAGAAAUGAUUUGUCGAGAUCGGUGUGGAAGAACUUGACUGGCCUGCACAGAGCCCUGACCUCAACUCCAUCAAACACCUUUGGGAUGAAUUGGAACGCAACUGCGAGCCAGGCCUAAUCGCCCAACAUCAGUGCCCGACCUCACUAAUGCUCUUGUGGCUGAAUGGAAGUAAGUCCCCGCAGCAAUGUUCCAACAUCUAGUGGAAAGCCUUCCAAGAAGAGUGGAGGCUGUUAUAGCAGCAAAGGAGGGACCAACUCCAUAUUAAUGCCCAUGAUUUUGGAAUGAGAUGUUUGAUGAGUAGGUGUCCACAUACUUUUGGCCAUUUAGUGUAUGACUGUAUACACCCCGAUGUAUUUCACUGACUGUAUAUCAGAAAGUUGUUACUUCUCAUACAUGUUGAGACUCUGGUGUGUGUAUAAGGUGGUGUGACAGUUCUCUCAUUGUGCAAUCAUCAGGGAGCAGAGGACGCGGCCACUCGGAUUGGCCGACUGUACCUGUUCAAGUUUCGUCAACAAGGACCUAUGUGUCCGCCCCUCAGUGAGCUGCAGCGGAUUGAUACACCAGCAAUAUUAGAUCUGAAAUGGUAAGAUAAUGCAAACAGCUACAAACUUUUUUCAGUUUGGGCUCGUUUCCUAGACUAGACUAAAAAGCUAUUUCAAUGGAGGUUCUCCACCUGGCCUUGAUGAUGACUUUGUUACUAUACCUCUUUUCUCAGGUGUCAUGUGCCAGUGUCAGAGAGGCCUCUGUUGGGCAUGGCUACAGCAAGUGGGGAGCUACAGCUGCACCGACUCAUAGACAGUCAGGUUGAUAAGAUUCACUCACUGUCGAAUAUCCAUGUCCAUUAUGUUAAAGUGUGUUUGGGCUAGGUAACUUCCCCAAAUUCCCUGGUUUUCCAGAUAUCCCGAUUGCAAUAUUACUGGAAUCAGGAUGGAAUAAGCACAAAAUCCGGGUUUCUGAAAAACGAGGGAAUUGUGCAACCCUAGCUUUGGGCCCUGCUCUUAUGGAUAUGUGUCUCCAGUAGGAAGGCCGCUGUGCUCUGAAGAUUGUGAGCUGUUUGGGACUGGGACCUGAUAAGUUGGCUCUGUCAUUAGAUUGGUCCACUGGAAGAGGUAACAGGUGAGGAUCAUGGCUUCAUUUGGGAUAUACUGAACGCUGCAUGGGAGGUUACUAAAGACCACAGAUUGGACAACUAAUGUUCUAAUAAUCAGUAACAUUUCAAAAUGUAAGCAUAUGCGCGGUAAGUUUGUUUGUAUGUUUCGAGUUAAUAAUAAGGAAUUGUAUGCAUCUAUAGUCACAUUUGCGUAGUGGCAUACAGUUGAACAGAGGCGUUUUGUUUUUGAUUUUCACACAUGGGGAUUUUUUUUUAGCAGGGUCUUGAAAUAAAUGGGCCUUUUUAGAAACGUAAUUUACAUGAUAAAAUACAUAAUUUGUAUAUUUUUGGGGGAUAGAACAGCUUUAAUAUUGCAGAUUGUAGGUUCUAUCAAUUUAAUUGUAUGCAUAAUUUCUAAUCCCCCUUAUUUUCAUUUUAUUUUUAAACCUUGAGACAAUUGAGACAUGGAUUGUGUUUGUGUGUCAUUCAGAGGGUGAAUGGGCAAGACAAAAGAUUGAAGUGCCUUUGAACAGGGUAUGGUAGUAGGUGCCAGUCACAACUGCAGCGCUGUUGGGUUUUUCACGCUCAACAGUUUCCUGUGUGUAUCAAGAAUGGUCCACCACCCAAAGGACAUCCAGCCAACUUGACACAACUGUGGAAAACAUGGGCCAGCAUCCCUGUGGAACGCUUUCGACACCUUGUAGAGUCCAUGCCCUGACGAAUUGAGGCUGUUCUGAGGGCAAAAGGGGGUGCAACUCAAUAUUACAAAGGUGUUCCUAAUGUUUUGUACACUCAGUGUAUAUUAUAGGUUACAGUAGGCUACUAAAUAAACUUUCCAGUGGCACUGAAUGAUGAAGAUGAAGCUUAGACUACUCACCUGUGAUGGCCGAUGCACUCGUGCCAAUAGCUUAUCUCAAGAUAAGCUACAUAGAAAAACAGUGUUGUUCGCUCAGAAUCGCUCAAAAGUUGUUGCAAAAAAAUUUGUUGGCUUCUAUGGACAGAUUAGUCUUCUCUUUUCAAUUUUACUUCCCACGGCUAUGCAUUUUAAGUCAUUUUACGUUUUAAUACUGUUAGGGAUAGAACAGCACAAUAGAAUUGUUUAGGAUAUAGAACUAAUUUAUGUCAUUAAAAGUAGUGCACAAUAUAGGGAAUGGGGUACCAUUCGAGACACAGCCGGUGUAUCCUCUCUUCCUCUCUGCAGUAGUGACGUGCGUGUGGUGUCCAGUGACUCUGCAGGCUGUGUCAACGUCUUGUCCCUAGGGGAGAACAGUCUGACUGCUGUGUCACAGUGGAAGGCCCAUGACUUUGAAGCCUGGAUCUCAGCCUUCUCUUACUGGGAUACUCAGCUUGUCUACUCCGGUAACACUCGCUCUCAAAACACAUCUAUCUAAUACAGGCUGCUUAGUGCUCAUUACCCUCCUGUCAAGUUAUGUGUUACCCAUCCUAUUUUCUGUCUAUCGGUCUGUGUUUCUGCACCUAAAUGUUUGCCCCUCCUUGUGUGAUGAUGAUGUUUACACUUUGCCUUAAUAAGAUGAUCAGGGUUGUCAUGCUUUUUGAGCAGACAGGGGAUCUUCAUGUUUUAAAAAGUAUUGUGACAUGCAUCCUAUGUUUUUAUCUUCCAUAGCAGCAAGUUCAGCUGGUGACCUCAUGUUUACUGUUGUCUGCAUGCUAGCAGAAUAAUUUCAACAUUACCAACCUGUCCUGUGUGUGUGUGUCUGUGUUGUCAUGUGUGUGUGUCUGUGUUGUCAUCUGAAUGAAAUGCACCUGGCAGGCGGGGAUGACUGCAAACUUAAGGGAUGGGAUCUUAGGAUGGGUCCCUCUUCGCCCACAUUCACCAGCAAGAGGUGAGAGAUACCAAUGAAUGUUGACACAAUACGCGGUCAAAAUGCAUUCGCCAUACCCAUGGCAAAGUAAGUAGAUGCAUCAGAAACAUGUCUUAAAUCAACAUGUAACCAAUAAUACAUUUUAUUUUUCUUCUUGAAGGCACUCGAUGGGUGUAUGCAGUGUACACAGUAGCCCACAUCGGGAGCGCAUUCUAGCCACAGGCAGGUAAAUGAACAUUGAUUUCACUAUUUGAGUCAAGUGUUUUAUUUUCACAAGGCCAGGCUGAUAUUGUAAUAUACUAUAAUCCUUGUAUUCAUCAAGCUCCCCUUUAUAUUCACUAUGUGUUCCUGGGAGAGAAGCUGAGUAAUCAAUUGUUUCUAUCAACAUACUAAUUGAUGUUACGGAUUGGUGUCAAACCCUAAGGCCCGUACGAUCACUAUAGUGCUUGCGUCCGAAAUGGCACACUGUUCACAAUGUAGUGCACUACUUUUGACCAGGGCCCCUAGGGCUCUGUUCAAACGUAGUGCACUAUAUAGGGAAUAGGGUUCCAUUUGAGAUGCAGUGAAUCAUGUGAACUCUCUCCUGUCCUGUAGCUAUGACGAGCAGGUGCUCCUGUGGGAUGAGAGGAACAUGCGUCAGCCUCUCAGUGAGAGUGCUCUGGGUGGAGGAGUGUGGAGACUGAAGUGGCAUCCUACCCAUGAGCACUUGCUGUUGGCUGCCUGCAUGCACAACGACUUCCACAUCCUUCACUGCCAGCAAGCUCUGGGUGAGUCUGACUGUCUGGGACGUGAUGCUGGUCACAUGAAAACUUGCCGCUUUGCCACAACUACCAUGUCUGUCUGAUUAAAGAGCUGGGUCGUAUUCACACGGAACCAACUGAAACAGGGAGGGGCCUACCUGAAUUUGUCCAAUAAGAAACACUUAGUAUUUAAUUGCAAACGUUUUUCUACCCUGUGUUCUAAUGAAUAAGACCCAAGUAAUGUGGUCCUCUGUAGCUCAGCUGGUAGAGCGCGGCGCUUGUAACGCCAGGGUAGUGGGUUCGAUCCCCGGGACCACCCAUACACAAAAAUGUAUGCACACAUGACUGUAAGUCGCUUUGGAUAAAAGCGUCUGCUAAAUGGCAUAUUAUUAUUAUAAGUAAUGUUUUGUCAUUUUGUCAAACCUGUAAUAUUGACUUAUUCCUCUAGAGGGCAGCGGAGGAGCGUGUUCUGUCCUAGCCUCCUACAUCCUCCACAACUCCCUGGCCUAUGGGGCUGACUGGUCCCAGGUUUCCCUGGAGGAGCCUCCUCCCUGCUCCCCUCUGGAGACCACAGAGCCAAGACAGUCCCAUACAGAGAGCCAUACAGGAGGACACCUGAGGAUUCAGUAUGAAUCUCCCACUGCCAGCUUCGACACCUCCUUGGAGGAUGAUGCAGGACGUUACAUACCUGAGAGUUUAUCCCCGCCAUCUGCUAGCUCUGUGGCAGGCCCACCUCCCUGUCCUAACCCUGCAGAGGACAGCCCUGCAGUGUCCUGCCUAAUGGCCAGCUGCUCAUUCUAUGACCACAUGCUUCAUGUGUGGCGCUGGGACUGGACCCCACAGGAGGUAGCCUGCACUGGGACGGCCCAGGGGGAGGGAGAAAGAAGGGCUGUGGGCGAAGGAGAUGGUGGCCAGGCAGGAGCACCAGCAAAGGAUGCAAAGUGCACUACACAUAGAGAUUAG